AUGGGUCUUUCGGCGGUCUGCACCGCUUCGGCCGGGGCGGGCACGGUGCUACCGAGGUUGCCUGGGGAGCAGCAUCAGCAGUGCCGCCGCGGGUGCAGGGAGAGAGGGAUGACGGACAGCAGUGUCGAAUGGCUGUCUCGGGAGGGAUUGAUGUACAGCCCAGUACCGGGCAGGGCUCCUGCUCAGUCGCUUACGAGCGCUGUUUCGGUGAAAGUCCCAUUCGUGAUGAUUCAUGCCCUCGCCACAGCGUCCUGCCGCGGGGACGGCGGUCGCUGCCGUCGGGGUCUCCGCGCCACCCUGGCGCAGUCAGCUGGAUGGCAGAUUCGAUCACUGACUAUUUAUGGAGGCAUGGAAUUAGCCCUUCUCCAAGAUUUUCUGAGAAUUGGGUGUGUGAAAAUUGGGAUAAUUGGAGUAAGAUGGAGGAAUAGUUCACCUCACAAGAGGGAAAGUGAAAAAUGGAACAGUACCGGGGACAACACCAAAACACUUCCCCUGGAGAUUGGGUCAACUACCGGAAGAAUAUUUAUCCUUCUUGCAGAAAUUCCUGAAAGUGGACCCUAUGCUAUUAAAUAUAAAGGCCAGCAACAAGUGCUAUUUAAUCCAUCAUGGUCCCUCAAGCGAGUGGAACUAUCAAUGCAGGUUACUAUCUCCGCAAUUAAACCUACCUGCUCACCUUUCCUAAAUCCAUCCUAUACAGGAUGGUUAGCAUGGUUACACAGGAGCAGCUGCUGCUGCGCAACCCCUUCCCCGCCCGCCCGUUCGCCAGUGGCGUCGCCUCCUCCUCUCAGCCUCGUACAGCGCGGCCCGUGCUACUUUAUUGAGAAACACUGGUUAAGUAUACUUUUUAAUAGUGCCUUUGAGCAGAAAUACUUUGGAGAUCGGAAGCUAGCAGCAAAUUUUUACGUGUACCUGAAUAACUUCAUGAUUGUUUCUCUGUCCAGAGAAGUGUCAGUUGCUUCUUUCCUGGGAGCAGGAACUUCUGCUGCUGCUCAGGAGUCUUGCAACGUAUGGCAUGUGAACUUAGAAGGCAUUCCAGAAUGGGUGAAAUGUCUCAUUGAAAAGGCGCAGUGGACAAUUGGAAAACUGCACUGUCUGUUCUGUGAAGCCUGGUUAGGGGGCUUUAACUUUAUUUGCAACACAAAAUGUUCCCAUGGACAGUUAAUAAAUAUACAUUUCUGAAAAAGUCGGACUGACUAUCAGCCACCUUUCUCUGUUAAAUUGGCAAAAUCAUCAGGAACACCUCUCCUCAAAAUUCAGUCUGGUUUUAGCAAGGAUACCUGCCAUGAAGUGGUAACUGCAACUUUGGAAAUCAAAAAUCAAAGGCUUUCAUAUAUGGCCAGAAAUAAUAAUGGUACUGGAAGAUUAACAGAAGCACUUUCUCUAGAAGUAAGAGCUAACAGAUUUGAGAUGAAAAGUAAAAAACUUCCCUCAAAGGCAUUAAAUAAAAAAAGAAAUCUUUCUGCUUCCUAUUCAGUGAAUGAUGCAUGCACUGUAAAACCUUUUCACAAAAGAUCACGUAGUUUGGAUUUAAAUAUCGGAGAGAGAUUUGUUUUGUCCCCUGCAUUGUAUGAAAUUUGCAGUAUGGGAACAAUUUACCAUGGCCAAAGUGAAAAUCCACCUCCUUACACGCGAAGUGGCUUGCAAUUAGAGUCCAAUAGGAAAGAUGGUAGUUCUUUUCAGGACCAAUAUAGUUCCAGUGAUGAAAAACUACAAAAAAGGUUUCGAGUUACUUCCUUUACCACAUUAGUACAUAAAGAAACAGAAAAUAAGUGUGAUUUUGAAGCUACUGGACAAUCUUCUGAGAGCACCAUUGCUGGUGGGUCGCCUUUUGUGAUGAACCUUUCUUCACCUACAAGUGCUAUAGAAGAGGAACAGUACAUCACACCUGUUGGUCUUGUGCAGCCUACAAGUACUUCCUUCAACCAAAGGCUGAAUAAGAGAGAAAGAAACAAGCUGAAAAGCUUGAGGAGAAAACAAAGAAGGCAAGAACGGUGGCUACAGAAGCAAACUGCAAAUGAUAACCUGCAUACAGACAAUGAACAUGAACUCAGAGGAGAUAAAGAAAGCUAUCUCUGUGCAGUGUGCCUGGAUGUUUAUUUCAAUCCUUACAUGUGCUAUCCAUGCCAUCACAUCUUUUGUGAACCUUGCUUAAGGAUGCUUGCCAAAGACAAUCCAGCCAGCACCCCAUGUCCACUGUGUCGCACUACAAUUGCCAGAGUCUUUUUCCAAACAGAACUGAACAACUCUACCAAAUCUUUUUUCCCUAUGGAAUAUUUGAAGUUAAAAGAAAAUUUUCAAAAAUCAAAUUCUGCAAAAUGGCCUCUACCAAGCUGCAAGAAAGCCUUCAGAGUUUUUGAAGCAGGUUUUCAAAGACGCUCAGAUACUGUAACAAGGAGGCAUUUCCCACAUGCUGCUCACAGGAUGGACUACAUGGACUUUGAGGAUGAUAGCCGUGGAUGGCGGUUUGAUAUGGACAUGGUGAUAAUCUACAUUUAUUCAGUCAACUGGGUAAUAGGAUUUAUUGUGUUUUGCUUUCUUUGUUAUUUCUUUUUCCCUUUUUAGUCUGUAGUAAUCACAGUUAAGGAAAACAGCAGUCAUGUGGACCACAAUAAUGUGAAUAGAAAAAACAUGAAGAAGGCAAAAAGUUUGUUUGAUACUGCGUUUUUAUCAUUCAGAAUUGUAAUAGACUGCAUCAAGCAUGCUGUGAGGCUAUUUGAUACUUCUGCUGUGUGUGACAAAGUACUUUAGUUUGGUUCCAAAUAUAAUGUGAAAUCCAGAUCAUACUUCAUUCAGUGGGAGUUUUGCCUUGAUUUUAGUGGAAACAGGAUUUACCCCUAAUUUAUAAAAAUAAUUACUCUGUAGAAGUAUAGAAUGCUGCUUGUUCUUAGGGGAGUUCUGUGUACUACAACAGAAUAUGAUCCAUAGAGUCAUUUUGGAGUUCAACUCUGCAUUUACACACUUUGCUCACUCAUUGGUGCUUCAAUUCCUCAUACAUAAAAGCAAUAAAGAUGCUUCCCAUUUAUAGUCAGAUCUUUUGGGAACAGGAGAUUAUAAGCACUGCAGUGCUGCACCAUGCAUUAUACAGACAUUCAUCAGUGCUAUUUCAAUGGUAUAAUCCAAAUCCUGGAAAAUUUUGACAAUUGAUCGACCUGUCAGCAUUC